UCUGUGCUUCCUCCAACCCUCUCUCCUCAUUUCAAGCCUUUGCCAAAUUCCCUCCUCCUCCUCUUCCUCCUCCUCCUCCUGCUCUCUGCCUGCCAGUAGCCCCUUCCAGGCCGCGGAGGGGAGCAUUCAUACCCCGCUGUCGGCGUUUAGCGGAUGGGGCUCUCAGCCUGAGCCGGAGGGAGGAGGAUGAACGGUAACCCGUGUGCCCGCAAGCUGGCCCGCCGCUCCAAGUCCGCCCUCCUGGUCGCCGCUCUGGCCGUCCUGUUGGUCCAGACUCUUAUCGUUUGGAACUUCAGCAGCCUGGACUCUGCAGGCGGGGACGGAGGCGCCAGGAGCCGGGAGAAGAGAGAGGACCGAGCCGCGGGGCUCAACAAAGCCGACUGGGAGCCCCCGCGGAGGGCGCUGCAGAAGAGGGGCGACCCGCCGCCGCCGCUCGGAAAGGCGGCCGUGCGGCACAAGCUACAGGCGGAAGUCCAUCGCACCCACCGGCCCAAAGAGAAACUUCGCCUGGACAGCAACAACAAUGAGAACUCGGUCCCCAAAGACUUUGACACCAUCGACAGCAACAGCAACCUGGGAGCUCGAUCUCAACGCCAACGUGUGCCAGUCGCAAACACCAAACGCAAGCUGGAGAAGGCCCAAGCACAGGGCAUGUUGGGAAAAUCUGCUAACGAGGUCCUCAAGGUCCCUCCUGUUCAAUCCAGAGGGAUGGGCCACAACUACAACCGCAGCCACAUCCGUAAACCCCACCCCCAGGUGCCCACCGUCUCAGCACCGGUCCUGGGGUCCAAUCAGGACCCACCGUUCUACCAGGCAAAGACGUCAGCCACUCAGCUGCCGCCUGGUUCAGAGCCGAGGAAGGAGCAGCUGCAGUGUGAGAUCAGCGGGAAGGAGGCCAUUUCUGCGCUGUCCAGAGCCAAGAGCCGUGAGUGUCGGCAGCAGAUAGUGGAGGUCUACUGCAAACACAAGGAGAGAGCGCUGAUGCCCGAGAAGGUGCCUCGCUACUGCCCAGUUGAAGGUAAGACUAAUGUGAACGUCCAGUGGGACGAGGACCCUUCCGGUGCUGCCCAGGUCGUGCCUGCACGGAUCGCCUUCGUCCUGGUCGUCCACGGACGAGCCUCACGUCAGUUCCAGCGUCUCUUCAAAGCCAUUUACCACACCUCACACUACUACUACAUCCAUGUGGACCAGAGGUCCAACUACCUCCACAGAGAGGUUCUGUCUCUAGCCAGCCAGUAUCCCAACGUCCGCGUGACUCCGUGGCGGAUGUCCACCAUCUGGGGCGGGGCCAGCCUCUUGACUAUGUACCUACGCAGCAUGGAGGACCUUCUCAAAAUGGCUGACUGGUCCUGGGACUUCUUCAUCAACCUCAGCGCUGCAGACUACCCAAUCAGGACCAAUGAACAGCUGGUGGCUUUCCUGUCCAAGUACCGCAACAUGAACUUCAUCAAAUCUCACGGCAGAGACAACGCACGCUUUAUCCGUAAACAGGGUCUGGACCGUCUCUUCUACGAGUGUGACACCCACAUGUGGCGUCUCGGGGACCGCAAGAUCCCAGAGGGCAUUGCGGUGGACGGAGGCUCUGAUUGGUUCCUGGUCAACCGGGCCUUUGUGGACUAUGUGGUCAACUCCCAAGACGAGCUGGUCACCAGCAUGAAGCGCUUCUAUGCCUACACACUGCUGCCUGCAGAGUCGUUUUUCCACACGGUGCUGGAGAACAGCGUCCACUGUGAGUCCAUGGUGGACAACAACCUGCGGCUCACCAACUGGAACCGCAAACUGGGCUGUAAAUGCCAGUACAAGCACAUCGUGGACUGGUGUGGCUGCUCGCCCAACGACUUCAAGCCCUCCGACCUGCCGCGCUUUCAGCAGGCAUCCAGACCCACCUUCUUUGCCCGGAAGUUUGAGGCCAGCGUCAGUCAGGACAUCAUCAACCAGCUGGACUCCUACCUGUUUGGGACGUACCCCUCGGGCACCCCGAACCUCCAGGCCUACUGGGAAAACAUCUACGAGGAGGAGACGGACGGCCUGGCCAGCCUAUCAGACUCCGCACUGAGCCACUACCACGCCUUCGCCCGUAUGGGCCUGACCCGCGCCGCCAGCUCGCUGCAGGGCCGCCCCAGCGACAACAGCUGCAGGUACGUGGCCAUGAGCCACCCCGUGUCCGUCCACCUCUACUUCCUGUCAGACAAGUUCCAGGGCUACCUGGUGCGUCAUGUGGCCACCAACCGAGCGUCCACCCAGCUGGAGAGCCUGGAGACGUGGGUGACUCCCAGAGACCACUUCACCCUGGCCAGCCCGCCCCACCCCACCAACAGGCUGCAGCAUGUCCAGGUGGGGACAGACUGGGAUCCGAAGGAGCGUCUCUUCAGGAACUGGGGGGGUCUCGUGGGGCCCGAGGACGAGCCGGUGGCCGUGCAGCGCUGGAGCCGGGGCCAGAGCAACCUGACGGCCACGGUGGUGUGGAUCGACCCCACCAACGUCAUCGCCGCCACCUACGACAUCCUGGUGGACGCGUCCGCCGAGGUCACCCACUACCGGCCGCCGCUCACCCUGCCUCUGAGGCCCGGCCUGUGGACGCUGAGGGUGCUGCACCACUGGAACCCGCUGGGCCAGACCAGAUUCAUCGUGGCUCCACUGGAAUUCCAUCGACAGCAGCCUCUACAGCAAGAAGACGCCCUGCGGCUGCACGGCGGCCCGGCCAGAAACUCCUACAUGGAGCAGAGCUUCCACGGCCUGAACCCGGUGCUGCGGCUGCCGGUGAGCCUGGGCGCCGUGGAGGAGGCCGAGGCCAACGCCGGCCUGACGGGGGCGCCGCUGCGUCGCUGGCUGGACCGACUGCUGGAGGGCCACUGGUCAGCCGCAGACGUGUGCUCCUCGGGGCCCAGCGCCUGUCCCGUCAUGCAGCGCUGCAGACUCGCCGCGUGGAGCUCGGCCAGUCCGGACCCCAAGUCUGAACUGAAGCCGCCCAGAGAGGACGGACGGAUCAGGUAGCAGACGGGCAGACUGAGGGAGGACGACUGGACGGAGAAGAGAAAUUAAUGAAGGAAGACCGUCUGUGUCUGAUAUUUAUUUAUUUGACUGAGUGAAAGGAAACGGCGGCGGCGAUGACAGGAAGAAGGAAAGAACUCUGAACAUUCUCCUCCAGUCAGCUGCCCUCACGUAUAUGGGACUACAGAGAGAGUGUGUGUGUGUGUGUGUGUGUGUGUGUGUGUGUGUGUGUGUGUUCAGACUGAAUUUAAUUCAAAGUUCUCACAGAUCCUAAAACCUUUUAGAAAUAAUCUGAGAUUUAAACUUGUGGUGACGCGUUGACCUGCUCAUACGAGACUGAGCUCAGAUUUUAGCGUCGCGAUGUGACAAACGUUUGGUCUCUUCCUGGUUUCAGGACCGUCCACAGUCCACAGUCCACAGUCCUGACUGCUGUCAGUAUCAGCUUAUCGUUACUGGUUUUCGGUCAGAAACAUCUGUGACAUCUGGUUUUGUCAGCAGUUAACGCGUCAGCUUAUUAGCAAACAUUUUUUCAGACGUAAAUUAUGAAGAAAGUGUUUUUUAAUUUCUCUGUCUGCAGCACGCGUACCUGCUCACCUCCCUCCCCGUUGGCCCCUCCCACCCAGCAGCUCCGCCCUCGUCUGUCUCUCGUCCUGCAGGCGGCCUGAGACGUCCACCCGAGCUCAGAAGACACUCGCGUCCUCGGUUUUUAGGAUUUCCUACUUUACACACACUUUUCAUCAGCUAAUUCAUUCCCAGGUUUACAGAAACACUCGUGUUGUUUUUAGUGUCUGAUGUGCUGAUGUUUGGUCACGUUUGCUUUGAGGACAAAACCUUCAGCCUUUUUUCCUUCAGGCCUUCAAGUGCUUGUGAGGACUGAUGGUAAAUGUUUGUGUCAGGCAGCAUUUGGGUGGCCUUCCUCCUCCUCCUCCUCCUCCUCUUUGGGUUUAUUGGCCCACAGCGCUGAAGUGCUGCUGUAAAGUGAGAAGGGUGUUCAAGUCAUGUGGGGCCGUCGGGUCUUUUUUAAUUCAAGAAGUUCAGAUGCUCAGACACGUUAACUAGCACGCUUUAAACAGAGCCAGGCUAGCUGUCUUUGUGCUAAGCUAACGGAGCAGACAGACUGGUAUCGUUAUGUGAUGGGCUUCACUCCUCAGGGCAGCUUGACUCCACCCACACGCUGAUCACAUUUCCACAGUUUAAUACACACUCGAACAGAUUUCUGCGCUGUGGGACUUUAGUCGCCCCCUUCUGGCAGUGAGAGUAACUACACAGACGGUACAGGCCCCUCAGUGCAUUCCAGCUCUGACAAACACACAGACUGCAGAUUUAAAGACUUCCUGUUUAAUGUCCCACACUGCAGCUCUGAAUGAAUCAUUCCAGCUGUCAGAUGAUCACAAAGCAGACAGCAGUGGGCUCAGACCGAACGCUUCUGCAGCGCCUGAACGCCUCAUCUUAUUUAUUCUAGAUUUUAUUGUCUAUUUAAUUUAUUAUUUGAAACUUUGAAAAUUUGUUUGGUUUGUGUAUUGCUGGGUUUUGCUCUCUGAAGCUGCACAGACGGCACAGCAGGAUCCUGGACCACCAGCACCAGAACCUCCUGCCCCUGGGUUCAGGACUAAACAGUCCAGCUGUUUGAGUUCAGCAUCAGACUGAUCGCCAGGAACCAAAAAAAACGCCCUUCUGUGCUCCCCUUUACGAGAUGCCCCGGUCUCGUCCUCCACCUGUAAACAUGUGCAGCGUGUACACAAGUUAACUUACGUAACAUGUUUACGUCAGGUAACGUUGUUACCUUAACCCACACGUGACCUGUGACUUCAGUGUUAACUCAGCAUUGUGUGUGUGUGUGUGUGUUGUGUGUGUGUGUGUGUGUGUGUGUUGUGUGUGUUGUGUGUGUGUGUGUCUGUGUGGUCUGCACCAGACUUCAGGAUUGGUAAACAUCUUUUUCAUGAUUUUGUUUUCCACCAGUUCUUGGGUUUUAAAGACAUUUUUUCAUCACUUGCUAAAAAAUUCAAACAUGAUUUAUUAUUUGAAGUACGGCUGCCCAAAGCUGUCAGAAUUUGAUCCGUAAAUUCAGUAAUUAUUUCAAUUUCAGUCCUGAGAAAAGUCGUGAAUAUUCAGAACGUUCCGGUUUGUGCAGAACGCACAGCAGACUGAUGUGUGUUUUGUUGUGAAUCAGUAUUUGGUGCAAAGCUCGCAGAUGAUGUGCAGACGUUCGGUUACUCACACAGAAAAGGUGGAGCUGUGGUGCUGUGACGGAGUGACGGUGAAAACCCCAGCUGAGAGCGUUGUUUUCCGUCGGCUGAUUGGUUCCUCGUCCGUGGACUGCGAACUCGUACGCUGCAGUAACAGCCCGGUGUUGUUGUUUUGCACAGUUUCUGUCUCACUGGUUGUUUUCUUGCUUUUCCCUCCUGUUGUCUCCGGGAGUCGUGCCUUAGCUGAACUCCUGCUGUAAGAAACCGACUGAAAGCAUCAAAAACUGUCAAAUGUCUAAAAACCAAAAAAGGAAGGAAUGUUGUGAAUGCCUUAGAAAUGACCCGAGUGCUUUUGAAGUACAACUUUUGAAAAUAAAACAAAACUCUCCCUUUA